AUGGUCGUGUCGCCACAGUUUUGGGAAUGGUUCAACGUUUGGCUCGCUCAAUUUCUGAAAAGUUUGUAUCAUGAAAUUAAGAUGGUCGCGAUAAGAGGUAACAAUUCGUAUGGAAAUUUGCCACUUGGUUGUGGAUACCCUGGAGGGCAGCAAACCAUUGACAUCUCACAGAAUCUCCAGACGGCGCUGAAUAUGCCCCACGCCGUGGCACAUACAGUGGCUGCGCCCCGCCACCACCUAGCGGCACCCCACACCGCUCCCGGAGCCAGUCUCAAUCACCUGGGGCACAACCAACAGCGCACCAACCGCAUGAACCCCACUGUAAACCAUGUUAAUCAUGCCACACCCGACCAUCAAAGUCAGAAACAUAUCAACCAGAUGAACCACGCGAACCAUUUGAAGUCAAUGAGCCAAAUUCGUCAUUCCAAUUACAAUCAAGGAACUGUUAGGAACCAGACUCACAAUGGGCACAAGUUAAAUAACAAUAUGUCUCAUGUGGGGCACAUGAACCAUCCCAACCACGGAAUGCAGUUGAACCAUAGCCAAAUGGCUCACAAGCAGGUGCAAUCGCCAGCUAAGCAGCAACCCAUUCUUCAUUCUAAAGUAAAUCGCCCUUCGCAGUACCGGGUCGGAUCUCAAUCCAUGUCUAUACCAGGAUCCGGAGCGGAGUGUUACCACCCCGGUGGCGCGGCUGGUCCUUCAUACAUGACCGGCGGUAACGCAGCUGCCCCCGCUCCGACUAUGAGAGGCCCGUCGACACCACAGCCUUCCGCGCCGCCGCAGCCUGAGAUGACGAAGAACAAUAUGGGCCAUAAUUAUGCGUCACCGCCGAACGCAACGGCUACAGCGAGGCCACAGUAUUCCAACUUCCAGUAUAGAGCUGCUCAGCACUCCACAAGACCUGCAACUCAUAACAGAUGGACGGGAAAUUGGUCUCCGUCUUCAACUUUAAUUCCACGACGCCAAACCGUAGCAGAUAGAGGGGGCGCUCGAAUAAGCUAUGAUCAGCUACUUGAAGUGGCGAUACCGGGUGUUAGUUUGACUGAUAUACAGGAGAAUUAG